GUCACGUGGGCCACCGUCGCCCCGCCCCCUCCGCGCGUGGGUCCGUCGCGGUGCUCGGUGGGUGCGGACGUGCUGAGGCUCGCUUAGCACAGCCCGGCCCGAUUGCCGUCUCCUGCUCGGCCCAGGCCCGCUCCUGCCUCCCCGCGCCGCCGCCCGUCGGAACCCCCGCCAACAUGCCGAUGUUCGUGGUUCAGACCAAUGUGCCGCGCUCCGCGGUGCCCGACUCCCUGCUGAGCGAGCUCACGACGCAGCUGGCUAAGGCCACGGGCAAGCCCGCCCAGUACAUCGCAGUGCACAUCGCGGCGGAGCAGCUGAUGUCCUUCGGGGGCUCCUCGGACCCGUGCGCUCUGUGCAGCCUGCACAGCAUCGGCAAGAUCGGCGGGCCCCAGAACAAGGCGUACAGCAAGCAGCUCUGCGAGCUGCUCACCAAGCACCUCAAAAUUCCCGGGGACAGGAUUUAUAUCAAUUACUACGACAUGAAUGCAGCCAACGUGGGCUGGAAUGGGUCCACCUUCGCCUGAGCUCCCUUGCUGUGUGCACACCCUGGGCCCAAGCUUGUCCUUUGUGAUCUGGUCUCUCCGUGGUUCUCGUGUAGUUGACAAACAAUAAAAUGCUUUUAGGUUA